AGGUGACAAGUCCUCAUAUGGAAAUAAAGUUUUGGUACCCACUUCGAUGUAGCUUCAACUCGUACUUGCACCUAUAUAUGUUGCAUAACACUGAACAGCCUAUAUAUAUGUCAUACCCUCCUCCAUCUUUAACUUACCACAAACUACAAGCAUAUCCUAUCGACUGUGAUAAAACAAUGGCAGCCUCAACAUUCCUAUAUCAUCGUCAUCAACAACCAUUCUAUCCCAAGUCACUAGUUUUCGAUUCCUCGAUUAUUAAAAACGAGCUGAACAUACCUCAAGAGUUUAUAUGGCCUGACCAUGAAAAACCAAGCUCACAUACUCCACAACUCGAUGUUCCUCUCGUCGACGUAGGAGGCUUUCUCUCUGGUGAUCCUGUUGCAGCUGAGAAAGCUUCGAAACUCGUGGGACAAGCAUGCCGAGAGCAUGGAUUCUUCCUCGUGACGAACCACGGGGUUGAUGGAAACCUAAUAUCGGAUGCUCACAAGUCUAUGGACUUGUUUUUCGAGCUUCCGCUUAUGGAAAAACAAAAGGCUCAAAGAAAGCUGGGCGAACAUUGUGGGUAUGCUAGUAGCUUCACAGGGAGGUUUUCUUCCAAGUUGCCGUGGAAGGAAACACUUUCAUUCGAACACUCUACUAAGAAGACCUCAUCCACCUUGGUCGAGGAUUAUUUUGCAAGUGCACUAGGCAAAGACUAUGCUAAACUUGGGAAGGUUUACCAAGAUUACUGCAACGCGAUGAGCAGGCUUUCGUUUGGCAUCAUGGAGUUGCUGGCAAUCAGCCUUGGCAUAGAUCGGUCUCAUUUUAAGAAUUUUUUCGAAGAGAAUAACUCCAUAAUGAGGCUCAAUUACUAUCCAACUUGCCGCAGACCAGAGCUUACUCUAGGAACUGGACCUCAUUGCGAUCCCACUUCAUUAACCAUUCUUCACCAAGAUGAUGUUGGCGGCCUCGAGGUUUUCGUGGACAACCAAUGGCAGUCUAUUCCUCCUAACCCCAGCUCCUUUGUUGUUAACCUAGGCGACACUUUCAUGGCUCUAUCGAAUGGAAAAUACAAAAGUUGCUUGCACAGAGCGGUGGUAAACAAGCAGAAUCCUAGAAGAUCUCUGGCUUUCUUUUUGUGCCCACAGAAAGAUAAGGUGGUGAGGCCACCAACAGAGCUGGUGGACCAAGACAACCCAAGAUUAUAUCCCGAUUUUACGUGGUCGGCUUUGCUUGAAUUCACACAAAAACAUUACAGAGCUGACAUGAACACUCUCCAAGCCUUUUCCUCAUGGCUAACUACUUUCAACAACAAAGAGCAUCUGGGAGAGGGACGUGUUAAUUUUAUUUUCAAAUAAAAACAUCUUCUAGUAGACAUAGACUGGAUAGUAACAAUAAAAUGAUUUGUAGCUCUCUAUGAUAAUGAUGUUGUACUUUUUCCUUUUUUCAGUUUUUUAUCCGUCGAGUCCGUGGUUAGUGGUACCACUUGUAUAUAUAGAAUGGUAAGGAUAUGCUAUGUUCUUGUUUCUCUUUGUUUAA